AUGGGGGUGGCGGAACCAGUGGCGUAUGGAGAUAGGGUUUUGAUGCAGAGCGCGGGGUACCUUGCGUGGCUGCACGAUGAACGGAGCAGAUCUUGCGCCGUCGCCGAGAACGACGACACAAACAAGAUGAGCAGGAGGAUAAAAUGUGUGGAUGGUGGUGCUACAUAUAUGCAUGCAAAGGGCCUUUUAUAUACCGCUACUACUAGGGGUAAAAUUAUGUCAAGAAACGAGGAUGAUGUGAAGAAUAAUUCUGAUAAUGAUUUGGGUGAUGAUUUCGAUUAUCAACCGAAUGCAGAAGAUGAUGCUGAAGAAGAUGAUGUGGAUUCGCUGGAUUCUACUAGCAAGAGUAAAGAAGUUUGUGGUGUAAAAAGAAUAGCGGAUUUAAUGGUGGAGGAUAUUUGGAACCUGGAAUUUAGGACAGAGGAUGAAGCUUGCCAAUUUUAUAACGCUUAUUCUUGUUGGCAUGGAUUUGUAAUGAGGAAGGACAAUGCGGUUAGGGAUAAUCAAGGUAGAAUCAUUAGCAGGCAACUUGUUUGCAACAAAGAGGGCUGGAGGAAUAUGAGGUAUCUUGAUAUGGAUGAUAGAUCAAGGAAGGCAAGGUCACUAAUGCGAACCAAGUGUCCAGCUCGGCUUAGGGUAAAGCUUGACUACGGCUGCGGUAGAUGGAAUGUAUCAUGUUUUGUGGAAUCUCACAACCACGAUCUGACGCCACCACAAUUUGCGCAUCUGGUUCUGGCCAAUCGUCGUCUCACUGUCACUGAUAAAGUCCAAGUGGAAAAUCUUCAUAAUUUUGAUGUCAAGACCUGCCAUAUUAUGGGGUAUAUUGCGUUCCAGAAGGGUGGAUAUCAUAAUGCUGGCUUCACACGCAAAGAUUUGUACAACCACAUUGAUCGUUAUCGUCGGUCAAAACUUAAAAACGGGGAUGCCAAUGCGGCAAUAAACUAUUUGAUUGGCAAGUCAAACAACGAUCCGCUGUUCUUUGGAAAGUAUACGUUCACUAGUGACGAAAGGCUCGAGCAUAUUUUUUGGGCAGAUGGGCAGUCAAUUAUCGACUAUCACUGUUUUGGAGAUAUUGUUGCUUUUGAUUCAACCUACAAGAAGAAUAAAUACAACAAACCUUUGGUCAUUUUCUCCGGAUGCAAUUAUCACAGGUAG